CGAGGGAAGGACAGAGAGAAGGCAGAAGACACAGUAGAGGCGCAUUUCAGAAUCGACUGUUGUGAGACUAGCGCUCCACGCAGAAGCACUGUGCUGAGGGGCGCCAGUGACUGGACCUAUCUAUACGCAUGGGAUCCAAGAAUUCUGUAGCUACAAUGUUGUCAAGACUUUUCCGAAUGCACGGCCUUUUUGUGGCCUCCCACCCCUGGGAAGUCAUAGUGGGGACAGUGACACUGACCAUCUGUAUGAUGUCCAUGAACAUGUUUACUGGUAACGAUAAGAUCUGUGGUUGGAAUUAUGAGUGUCCAAAAUUUGAAGAGGAUGUGUUAAGCAGUGACAUUAUAAUUCUGACAAUAACACGAUGCAUAGCAAUCCUGUAUAUUUACUUCCAGUUCCAGAAUUUACGUCAACUUGGAUCAAAAUAUAUUUUGGGUAUUGCUGGCCUCUUCACAAUUUUCUCAAGUUUUGUAUUCAGUACAGUUGUCAUUCAUUUCUUAGAUAAAGAAUUGACAGGCUUGAAUGAAGCUUUGCCCUUUUUCCUACUUUUGAUUGACCUUUCUAGAGCAAGCGCUCUAGCAAAGUUUGCCCUCAGUUCCAGCUCACAGGAUGAAGUGCGGGAAAACAUCGCUCGUGGAAUGGCAAUUUUAGGUCCCACGUUCACCCUUGAUGCUCUUGUAGAAUGUCUGGUGAUUGGAGUUGGUACCAUGUCAGGGGUGCGUCAACUUGAAAUUAUGUGCUGCUUCGGCUGCAUGUCAGUUCUUGCCAACUACUUUGUGUUCAUGACUUUUUUCCCAGCUUGUGUUUCCUUGGUUUUAGAGCUUUCUCGGGAAAGCCGCGAGGGUCGUCCAAUUUGGCAACUGAGCCAUUUUGCUCGAGUUUUAGAAGAGGAAGAAAAUAAACCAAAUCCUGUUACUCAGAGAGUUAAGAUGAUUAUGUCUCUAGGCUUGGUUCUUGUUCACGCCCAUAGUCGCUGGAUAGCUGAUCCUUCUCCUCAAAACAGUACGGCAGAAAAUUCUAAAGUUUCUUUAGGUUUGGAUGAAAAUGUGUCCAAGAGAAUUGAACCAAGUGUUUCCCUCUGGCAGUUUUAUCUCUCUAAAAUGAUCAGCAUGGAUAUUGAACAAGUUAUUACCCUAAGUUUAGCUCUCCUUCUGGCUGUCAAGUACAUCUUCUUUGAACAAGCUGAGACAGAAUCUACACUCUCAUUAAAAAACCCUAUCACAUCUCCUGUAGUGACUCCCAAAAAAGUCCCAGAUGAUUGUUGUAGACGUGAACCUAUACUGGUCAGAAAUAGCCAGAAAGUCCAUACAGCUGAGGAGAAAACAAGAAUAAACAGAGAAAGAAAAGUUGAGGUCAUAAAACCCUUAGUGGCAGAAACUGACACUCCAAACAGAGCUACGUUUGUGGUUGGUAACUCCUCCUUACUUGAUACUUCGCUGGAACUAGAGACACAGGAACCUGAAAUUGAACUCCCUGUGGAGCCUCGGCCUAAUGAAGAAUGUCUACAGAUACUUGGGAAUGCAGAGAAAGGUGCAAAAUUCCUUAGUGAUGCUGAGAUCAUCCAGUUAGUCAAUGCUAAGCAUAUCCCAGCUUACAAAUUGGAAACUCUGAUGGAAACUCAUGAACGAGGUGUAUCCAUUCGCCGACAGUUACUUUCCCGAAAACUUCCAGAGCCUUCUUCUCUCCAGUAUCUACCAUACAGGGACUAUAAUUACUCCUUGGUGAUGGGAGCCUGUUGUGAGAAUGUUAUUGGAUAUAUGCCCAUCCCUGUUGGAGUGGCAGGACCUCUGUGCUUGGAUGGAAAGGAAUUUCAGGUUCCAAUGGCAACAACAGAAGGGUGCCUUGUGGCCAGUACUAAUAGAGGCUGCAGAGCAAUAGGUCUUGGUGGAGGUGCCAGCAGUCGAAUCCUCGCAGAUGGGAUGACUCGAGGCCCUGUGGUGCGUCUUCCCCGUGCUUGUGACUCUGCAGAAGUGAAGGCCUGGCUUGAGACACCUGAAGGAUUCACAGUGAUAAAGGAGGCUUUUGAUAGCACCAGCAGGUUUGCACGUCUGCAGAAACUUCAAAUGACUAUGGCUGGUCGCAAUCUUUAUAUUCGUUUCCAGUCCAGGUCAGGUGAUGCCAUGGGGAUGAACAUGAUUUCAAAGGGCACAGAAAAGGCACUUUCAAAGCUUCAUGAGUAUUUCCCUGAAAUGCAGAUUCUAGCAGUUAGCGGUAACUACUGUACUGACAAGAAACCUGCUGCUAUAAAUUGGAUAGAGGGAAGAGGAAAGUCUGUGGUUUGUGAAGCUGUCAUUCCAGCCAAGGUUGUCAGAGAAGUAUUAAAGACUACUACAGAAGCUAUGAUUGAGGUCAACAUUAAUAAGAACCUGGUGGGCUCUGCCAUGGCCGGGAGCAUUGGAGGCUACAAUGCCCAUGCGGCGAACAUUGUAACUGCCAUCUACAUUGCCUGUGGACAGGAUGCAGCACAAAAUGUUGGUAGUUCAAACUGUAUUACUUUAAUGGAAGCAAGUGGUCCCACAAAUGAAGAUUUGUACAUCAGUUGCACCAUGCCAUCUAUAGAGAUUGGAACUGUGGGUGGUGGGACCAACCUGCUCCCUCAGCAAGCCUGUUUGCAGAUGCUAGGUGUCCAAGGAGCAUGCAAAGACAAUCCUGGGGAGAAUGCCCGGCAGCUUGCCAGGAUCGUGUGUGGUACAGUAAUGGCUGGGGAACUGUCACUGAUGGCCGCAUUGGCAGCUGGACAUCUUGUCAAAAGUCACAUGAUUCACAACAGGUCAAAGAUAAAUUUACAAGACCUCCAGGGAACUUCCACUAAGAAGGCUGCUUGAACAGCCUGACUGCUCUGAACUGAAACAUGGGCAUUGGGUUUUAAAGGACUAACAUAAAAUCUGUGAAUUAAAAAGCUCAAUGCGGUGGUAUGUUGAGGAUGAAUAAUAUGAUCUAUGAGACAACGACUGCUUGGUGUUUUGCUGUUUCAGAAAGGUCUGAGAUCCUUCUUUCCACGCAGAUUUCUCAGAUCUAAAAAUAGUGUAAUACUUUACAUGCUGUGCAUUCUGGAAGGAUCUCAACAAGAAUACCAUACUUUAAAGCGUCACAGAUGGUAAUCUACAGCUCACUUCUGAAAGAGAAUACAAGCUGGAAAAAAGUGUUUUCUUUUGAUGAAAUCUAUGGAGUUGGUGAUGAUCAGUGUGAGAUUGACCCUCCUCUCCAUCCUCCCUUCCCCUCUGGUUGAAAAUGGAUUUUUAAAUUAUACUGUAGCUGACAAACUGAUUUCAUAGUUAAUUUAUUAAGUCUGGGUUAUAGGACUUUAAGAGAUAAGAGCUAAGUUUAUUUUUUUGUAAACUAAUACUUCAUUUGGUGCUGGUCUAUUUUGAUUUCUCUUUGGGGUAGCCAUUGUGAUUCUUCAGAAGGGGACCUCCUUUCUUCAAGGGAAGAAUUACUCUUAUUCCCAAACUACUGAAUUAUGUGCUAAGCAGUGCUAAAUCAUUCUAUCAAGAAAACAAAUCACUGCAUUAAUCUCUGCAGGCUAUUUGUUCAGAGAGGCCUUUUGUCAAUAAAUGUUUGUCUAGAUUGCUAGAACGCAUCUUCUAGCAUAAGACUUUAAGGAACAGAGUUUUGCAUUCUUUGUUAAAGAUACAAGAGCUCUUUAUGUUGCUUAGACAAAGGUGACUCUCUAUAUCAAGAACUUGUAAGUCUGUGACCUCUCAGAACUCAGAGGGUGGAAAACAGGUUGGAAAGAAAAAUACCAUUUCUCUAAGCCAACUUUAAUUACUUAAAAGACAAUUAAAUUUAUUUAGUGGAAAAAUCUAAGUGUUUUGUAAAGAACUGUUAUCAAAUCUGUAUAUGUUGUAAUAAAGCUUCUUCUGCUAGGAGUUCAUUGAAAGUGUUAAGAAAUAAAUAAAAAUCAACUUGUAUAUGGAUAAAACAUUCUAAACUUGGGCCAGAGAAGACAGUGUUUUUUAAUGUUGUCCAAGAAACCCUGGCUUGCUCAUUGAGCUGGCUGAAAGGGAAAUCAGCUUUCAGAGCCAGUGAAGGUGCCACAUGAAUGGCCCCAGAGGAGUGAGCUUCAUUCCUACGGCCAGGAGGUUGGUGACUGAAACAUUUACAUGGGGCUCCUUGAUAGACCCAUAAAAGUUCUUAGCUUCCUCAGCAGAGUUGUUGAAUUUUAAUUUUUUUCUUAAUGUACAAAUUUUGUAUAAAUAAUAAAGAACUCCUUAUUUUAUAUUACAUUUAAUGCUUCAAGUGUUAGUCUUGGAGAGAGAAGAUGGACUCUGAAGAACAUUCCAGUAAUGCUGUGGCAGCAUGGAGAGCCUCUGAGUGAUUGUGUCUGCAGUACUGUUGUGGAAGAUUGAUCUUUGCUGUUGGGAUGUAAAGUUUAAAUUGCUUCUCUUGUGACUUUCAGCCAGUGACUUAUUUAUCCAAACUUUUCAUGGAAGUGGCAGUGAAAAGUGUGAGUCUUCAUUCUGGUGACUGUAAUCAAUAUCGUCUCACUAAAUUAAUGUUUUGUAUAAAGACUAAAUUGUAUACAUUUUGUUAUACUUUUUGCCUAGUUCCAGUAAAUUAUGAAAAGAAAGUUAAUGCUGAGCAGUGUAAACAGUAACCUUUUCUUGUUUGGAUUAAUCCUUGGCCCGAGGCCCUGGAAGCUUGAAAUCAAGUCUCACUAGAAUGGUAACCUAAUAAUUCCUGCUAGGUGUCCUAUGACCCUUUAUCAUUUUCCGUUAUGUGCUCCAGUUCCUCCGACAUUAAUGGCAGGCCAGUUUUGUAUGCGUAUUAAAGUAUUUUAUACUUUAGAGAAUUUGAUUAGUUCAGCUUUAUCUCAUCUCAACUGGACUACUUUUGGGUAUUUGGGCAUGAGGCUUAGUUGAGAGGAAAAGGGCACAAAGACCCGGCAGCCAAAACCAAAUGGGAUUGUAUGCUGAAGCUGUAACAGCUUACUUGGGGAAUAAAUCUUAGUAUAGCUGAAGUUGGCCUCUUUAAAGGCUGAUUGCUGUUUUUUUGCUGUUUACUUGCAGUUGUUGACUGCCCUCUGCUAUAGGGAGAAAGUGAAAGGUGUGUUUGAACCACUUAAGAACCAAGACCCAGAUACUAGAAAAUCAGUUUGAAUUUUUCUCCUGAAAUGACAAGUGAUCACUUGUAUGAUCAGCCCCUUCCAGAGAGGAGCAGGCCGGACAGGUGACAGUGGAGAGUUUUCAUGCCCUUUUCUGCUUGGGGGAUCUGAUGAGCAGUGGGACACCUAUGGCAGGACAUGAUUUUUCUUCAUCUUAGGGGAGGAUAGAGAACUACAUUUAAGGGAAUGUCUCAUAUUGAAGGACCCGCAUUCAAACGAGAGGACACAGAACAGCAAAACACAUCACUACAAAUCCAUUGUGUACAUGAGGUUAAAAUAAGAGCAGUAAAUUCAUUUUAGAAUUUUUUUUUUAAAGACUAGGGUUUUUCAAAAACUAUCUGCUAUAGUUUUCAAGUCAAGGAUAAGACUUGAAUUUAUUAAUAAUUAACUUGACCCAGUUAGCAAAAAUAAUUAACAAAGUCUGCACUGGAAGCUGAGAGGAUCACAAAUGAUUUAGUUUACAAUUACAUUUUAGCAGAUUACUUGUUCAUUGUGAUGUACAUGGAACAUGCCACCCCCUUUUUUCUUCUUUUCCCCUGAGCAAGUUUGAGAGCCACUGAUGGAGGCACGGGCACUCUUAUGUCAGGAGGGUGAGAAAUUAUCAAGCAGCUCCUCCCGAAGGCCAAUAGAAAAGCCUUGUGCUAACAGCUGGAUUUAGGAAGUAGAACACAGGAGUGGUCUAAUCCAGUGGUUUUCCCACUUGAGUGUGCAGUGCACACACCUGGAGGACUUGUCAGAACAGGUUGCUGGGCUCCUCCCCCAGGGUUUUCAUUCCCUUGGACUGGGCUGAGCUGGGCCAGGACAUGAGCAGUUCUAUUAAGCCCCUUCAGCUGCUCUAACAGUUUCGGAUUUUAGUACGAGAUGCCUGGCAUUCCUGUAAAUGAGGGUAUUAGAAAAUUGUUUAUUCAGAACCAUACAGUUGGGGGAAACAACAAUGGAGGGACCAAGUACUGGUUAAUAAGAAUCAGAAUUGGUCCUAGAGAUUAAGAGAGUCAAUAUAACAACUAACCUACUAGAAAGUGUUAUUUGGAUUUGGUGACCCCCCAAAGUCUCCACAUCUUCAGUUUUAGCAGCCUGUUCCCCUCACUCUCCUAUCCCUUGGUUCCUGCUCUCUCUCCAAAAGGGCCAAGUGAGAGUGGGGGAAAAUGACAACAGGUGAGCCUAUUUUUAAAGAGGUUUGCAACUACCACUAUCUCCUCUCUAGCCUCACCUCACUGGCCUUGUAGCCCCAAAGUUUGACUUCUUUGUAGUUUUACUCUCAGGAUUGCAGCCCUGGAGCAAGAUUUCUCAGGCAAGAAGCUGAUUUGAUAGACCAUUCCAGCUGGUGAAUUCUGAAGCCAGUUGACAAGCAAGCAUAAAUGGAGAAGAGCCUUGUGCCAGCGGCCAAGACAGAGUACCUCAUCUGUGUUGUUGAGGAAAUCUUAGGAAAAAAGCAUAAAGAAGCAGUCAAAUUAGAAAGGCUGUAAUCAGUUACGUUAUGUUGAUUAUGGAACUCCUUUGCUUUCCUGUCACUUGAAAUUUGAAAUGGUCCACAGGGUUUAGUAGGUGGGGUGGGGAUAGGAGACAGCUAAGGGAGCAGUUCUGUCUCAGUCUCCAUUUUAAAAUUACCUGGAUUGCAUGUUAGAAGCACUGGACACAAUAAAGCAAACCCAGAGUACUGUUAGCACUACAUAGUGUGUGAAGAAAGAGCCUCCCUUCCCAGCUCUCUCCUGCCCAUGAAGCUCACAAAGGAGCUAAAACACAGGAACCUCUUCCUCCCUGCCCAUUUCACUGUCUGGACUUGGGCUGUAGCCUCAAAGGGCUCUUAGACUAAAACGAUCGAGUUUUAAUGCACUGCCUGCCUUAGUCUUUUCUGGUCUAGGGUAUGUAUAACCCGUGAGAGUUCUACCUCAUUCUUAAACCUUUAUUGCUCUUACGAGCAAAAUGUGCUCAGAUCUGUAUGAGCAGCCCACUCACCUCUGGCCAUCUGGAUGCUCUUACCCACACUACAGUCCUUGGUAAGUAGCAAAAGUUGAAAGUUGGCUUGCUGGUAUGACCUGGAUAAUUGUAAUUUCAAAUGGAAAGCUCUUUGGGAAAGGCCCGUCUUUUAACUUGUUUAGGACAGUGCCUACCUAGGCCAGUAGAUAACACAACUUGAACACUAUCAAAGAAAUUUUUGACACGUUAUCUCUAAUAAAUGUGUAUUUCUUGAUAAAUUAUAUUGAAUUAUGUACAUUGUCAAAGGACUAAGGUGAUUUAAAAUAUAUAUAUAUAUAUACAAAUAAAAACUGGAAAUCUUUUAUGUA